AAAAAAUGACGAAAGGAAAUUCAUUAGAAAAAGAUUUAAGCCUAUUAAUAAAUAAUCAAAAAUAUAGUGAUUUAGAAAUUUUAUGUGAGGAUGAAAAGAAAUUAUAUGGCUGUAGAGCAAUUUUAGCAGCAAGAUCCGAAGUAUUUGACAGAUUACUUUAUAAUGGAAUGAAAGAAAGUUAUGAAACCAAAAUUUCUUUUCCAAAGAUUAAUUCUGCUGGUAUGAAAAUUGUAUUAGAAUAUACUUAUACGGGAUCAAUUAAAAUAGAAUCAUUAACAAAGGAUAAUAUAAUUGAAGCAUUUUACGCUGCUGACUAUUUUCAAUUACCAGAUCUUCAGGAUUUUAUUAUGAAUACAUUCAAAAAUACAUUAG